AUGACACCGUCGAUCGCCUGCCCGGUCAAGUGCCGCCCCCACCCCCGCCUUGCCCCGCAGCCACCCGCGCCGUCGCUGGAGCUUCUGGCCGCUCGCGGCGCCCCGGCCGCCGGCGAGCUGCGGGCGAGCCGGAGUCCGCCGUACUUGUCUCUCUCGCGCUCAGCCGACUCCUUCGAAUCCCGGGCCCCGUGCCGGGGCUCCGCGUCUGCCAGGCGGGCCCGCGCCGCCGUGGCGCUGGGCGGAGACGGCCAGUCCGCGGCGCUGAUAGCCGGCGCACAGUCGCGGCACGCCAUCUUCAGCGACGAGCUCGUGCGGAGGGCCUUCGCCGCCGCAGAGGCGGCUCACCGAGGCCAGGUGCGCGCGAGCGGCGACCCGUACCUACAGCACUGCGUGGAGACGGCGGCACUGCUCGCGGAGCUGGGCGCCUUCCCUGCCGUCGUCGCUGCUGGCCUGCUGCACGACACGGUUGAUGACGCGGGGCUGAGCUACGGUUUCAUCUCCGAGCAUUUUGGUGCCGGUGUCGCCGACCUUGUCAAGGGGGUUUCAAAGCUUAGUCAUCUGAGCAAACUGGCUCGUAGAAAUGAUACAGCCAGUAGAAUUGAUGAAGCUGACAGAUUACGUAUAAUCUUCCUUGCAAUGGAAGAUGCAAGAGCUGUGCUCAUUAAACUUGCUGACAGGCUACACAACAUGAGGACUCUGGAUUCUUUGCCCAAGAACAAACAGCAGAGCUUUGCAAAGGAAACACUGGAGAUAUUUGCUCCCUUGGCGAAUCAGUUGGGCAUCUUGAAUUGGAAGGAACAGCUUGAAAACCUGUGCUUCAAGUAUCUUUGCCCAGAUAAAUUUGAUGAACUGUCAACAAGCCUUACUGAGUUCCACAACAGAGAUAUGAUUGCAGCUGCAACAAGGCGACUUGAACAAGCCCUUCAGGUGAGAGGACUAUCCUAUUAUGCCAUAUAUGGGAGACACAAGAGCUUGUACAGCAUCUACAGCAAGAUGGCAAGGAAGAAGCUGGCCAUGGAUGAAAUUUAUGAUAUACAUGGGGUGCGUGUUAUUCUUGAGAACAAGGCUGAUUGUUUUGCUGCGUUAGAGAUUAUCCAUCACCUAUGGCCUAGAAUUCCUGGCAAGUUCAAAGAUUAUAUCAACAGUCCCAAACCCAACAGAUAUCAGUCCCUGCAUACAGUUGUUCUCACCGAAGAAACGCUGCCACUUGAAAUCCAAAUUCGUACGAGGGACAUGCAUUUGCAGGCAGAGUUUGGAAUUGCUGCUCAUUGGAGAUAUAAGGAAGUUGCUGCUAGGAGUUGCUGCACCUCUGUUUCUGAAAUGGUUGAGUGGGUUAGAUGGGUUAUUACAUGGCAUUGUCAAACUCUGAACACAGACCAUCCUUCAUCACUUGCACGUGAUGCUUCAUCAAAGGAAACGCACACUAUUCCAUCUCACUCUGAUGCCUGUCUGUUGUCUUACUCGAAACAAUGCGAUCACAAAGGGCCAGUACUAGUAAUACUUCUGGAGAAUGAAAAGAUGUCAGUGCAAGAAAUCCCCCAACAUUGGACGAUAGUGGACCUACUGAAUAGGUCCUCUAACUCCGGGAUGCCGUUGAGGCUGAGGCUGAACUGCCAUGUCGUCCACAACUGGAACCAGGAGCUAAAAAUGGGCGACGUGCUUGAACUGAUUCCUUCAACCCCAUGCAAAUGCAGAGGUUACACGAGGGAGUUCCACCAAAAGUUUGAUCAAUGUCUCGCCGUUUCUCAAUCCUGA